AUGGCUACGUGCGACGCUUCUGGCAGCACCGACCAUCGAGGCACCCCAGAAGCCCCCGGCCGCGUAGUGACAGUCAUCGAGCGAAGCUUCUGGGAAACCCUCGAUGAUCCCCACACACACCUUGAAUCCUCCACCGCCCGCGUCUGGGGCGCAGCAUACCACAUCCCCGCCUCCCACGCCGAGGAAGUCCACGACUACCUCGACGACCGGGAAAUCGACGGCUACACCGUCCACUACACCCCCUUCCACCCUAUUUCCGCCGUCUCGGCCUCCACGGUCUGCAAGACGCCGGGGCCGGAGCCGCAGCCGCAGCCCCCACUCACCUGCAUGGUGUACAUCGGGCAGCCCACGAACCCGCAGUUCCUGCGUGAUCCUGCGCGCCGCGAGCCGCAGGACGUGGCGGGCGUGAUCAGCCGCGGCCGCGGCCAGAGCGGGAAGAAUACCGAGUACCUAUAUCUUCUGGAGAAGGCGCUGGAGGGGCUGGGGCUCGGCAGUGCCGAUAUGCAUGUGACUGAUCUGGUGCGCCGGGUGAAGGCGCUUGAGUCGGAGGAGGAAGCGGGGGCUGAGGAGGCGGCUGCUGAGCGGGAUGUUAAGACGUCUCUUGCUGCGUCGGAAGCUGAAGCGCAUGGGGUUGCUGAAACGGGACAUGGCAGCUUGUGA